GGAUUUGGACUUUUUUUUUUUCUCUUGGACUUUCCCCCCUUUUAUCAUAGCAGUAAUUUUUCUAAAAUGUAUAUUAGUAUUUUUUUGUGUGUGUGAAGUAUUCUUUGAGAGUCAGGCAAUAAGAUUAAUUGCAUUGACCCAGUUUUCAAAGAAUCUAGGGACUCAUAUAUGUCCUUGGGACAUCUGGCUUAACGAAUCUUUAUUCUGCUAAGUCUGUUUGGGAAAUACUUCUUAGGAGAGAAUACCUCAGAUCCAGAAGCACAUUAAUAUGUAUUUUUUAUAAUCAUACUUUAGUGUUAGGUUUUUUAUUUUUGAUAGCUUUUCUUUUUCUCCUGGUUAGAGAUAAACAAGUGUAUUAUGAUAGAAAUAUCAUGGAAAUAUCUUUUUGAAACAUUUACAGUGAAAGUAUGCAAGACUUAGCAGCACAAGUGACGAGCGGUCUUCUGCAGUUCCCAGAAGUGACUAUUGAAGCCCUGGGAGAAGAUGAAAUCACAUUAGAAUCUGUACUUCGUGGAAAGUUUGCUGCAGGGAAAAAUGGACUUGCUUACUUGACUUGUGGCCCACAGCUUGAGGUAGUGCACUCUAUAACAGGAGAGCGGUUGUCUGCGUAUAGAUUCAGUGGACUGAGUGACGAGUCACCUAUCAUCCUCGCUGUGAAAGAGUUCUCUUGGCAGAAGAGAAGCGGAUUGUUGAUUGGACUGGAAGAUGCAGAAGGGAGUGUCCUCUGUCUCUAUGACCUGGGCAUAUCCCGAGUGGUUAAAGCAGUCGUUCUUCCUGGAAGGGUAGGUACAGUGUAAGAUGUGUGGACAUCUUGUUUCAAAACUGAGCCCCUGCUGAUUACAGUGACAACGGUGCGUUUACUCAGUGUACUUCUAAUUGGUUCACUUUAUGGAAGUAUGCUAGUUUUCAUUUAAGAGUUCAAAAUAAAAAAAUUUAUAAAAAUA